CCACCCCACUCUGGUUUGGGCCAGACAGGGCUGUUGUGUAGCACGCCUGGGGUGUGGCCUGGGAUUCCCAGGGAGGGAAGGCCGCGAUCUGCCCUUGGGCCGAGAGGGGAGGUGACUCUGGCCGGAGGAGGACGCAGGAUGAGGGCCUUGAAGGUUUCCCAGGCAUUGAUUCGUUCCUUCAGCUCCACCGCCCGGAACCGUUUGGAGAACCGAGUGGGUGAGAAACAGAAACUCUUCCAGGCAGACAAUGACCUCCCGGUGCACUUGAAGGGCGGGGGAACCGACAGUGUUCUGUACCGACUGACCAUGGCGCUGUGUUUUGGAGGCCCUCAGAGGAUUGGACGACACCCAGCCACAUUGAGGGGGGCAAUCUGCUUUGCUCAGUCUACUGAUUCAGAUGCUAAUCUCAUCCAGAAACACCCUUGAAGACACACUCAAAAUAAUGUUUAGCUAAAUAUCAGGGCAUCAAGUAUACUGGUCAAGUUGACACAUAAAAUUAA